AGACAGAGCAGUGACGCUGAGCAGAAAUACUGCUGCCGUUGCUGCUAAGAACGAUUCAGAACUUCACACUGCGCAUUUUACAGCGUUCAGACAAUGAUUCCUACGGUUAUGGCAGCUCCAGGAAUGUUGAUCUGCUAGCUGAACCAAAUACUCACCAGGAGAAAUAUCAGAAUGGCUUCUCCCAGUAGCCUGUUCUCUGAGGAGCAAUGCCACUGUUCCAUAUGCCUGGAUGUCUUCACCAACCCAGUGUCCAUCCCCUGCGGACACAACUUCUGCAUGUGCUGCAUCGGCGGCUACUGGAAGAGCAGUGCAAUGUAUCAGUGUCCCAUGUGCAAGAAAACCUUCUACAAACGGCCUGACAUCAGCAUCAACACCGUGCUCAGAGAGAUCGCCGAGCAGUUCAGAGGAAUGAGAGGCUCUGCCCCCGAGGAGCGCGUGGAGCCCCUGUCCGAGGACACAGCAGAGCCGCGCCUGGAGGACCCCUCCCCCGGCCAGCCCCCGCCCCCCCCCGGAGACCGCGUGCCCUGUGACGUCUGCACUGGGGAGCAGCUGCAGGCUGUCCGGUCCUGCCUGGUGUGUCUGACCUCCUACUGUGAUGAGCACAUAAAGACCCACAAUGCCAGGUUCACCAAACACAAGCUCAUCGCCCCCGUGAGGAACCUGGAGGACAGGAUGUGCAAGAAGCACGAGAGACUCCUGGAGCUCUUCUGCAGAAGCGACCAGACCUGCGUUUGCGUGCUGUGCAUCGAAACCGACCACAGGGCGCACUACACCGUCCCUGCAGAGAGAGCCUGGACAGAGAAGAAGACUCAGCUGAAGAAGACAGAAGCAGAUGUGCAGCAGAUGAUACAGGACAGACAGAGGAAGGUGGAGGAGAUCAGACAGUGUGUGGAGCUCAGCAGAAGCAGCACACAGGGAGAGAUUGACGACAGCAUGCAGGUCUUUAGCGCUUUGGUACGCUCCAUUGAGAUGCGCCAGGCUAAGCUCACUGAGGAGCUGGAGGAGAAACAGAGAGAAGCAGAGAGACGUGCUGAAGGCCUGAUUAAAGAGCUGGAGCAGGAACUCACUGAGCUGCAGAGGAGAAGCACUGAGCUGGAGCAGCUCUCACGCACCGAGGACCACCUCCACUUCCUACAGACCUUCCCAUCGCUGUGCACACCCCCUCACACCAGGGACUGGUCUGAUGCCACUGUCCACACUGAUGCGUGUGUGGGGACUGUGAGGAGAGCUGUGUCCCAGCUGGAGGAGACACUCAGGGAGGAAAUGGACAAGCUGGUGGAGAUGGAGCUGAAGAGGAUGCAGAAGUAUGCAGUGGGUGUGACCCUGGACGCUCUGACAGCGAAUCCGUGGCUCCAGGUUUCGGAGAGCGGAAAGCAGGUGAGGCAUGCGGGCACCUGGCAGGACCUCCCGGACGGCCCCGAGCGCUUCGACACUGUGGUCAUCGUCCUCGGGAGGGAGGCCUUUGACUCGGGGAGGCACUACUGGGAGGUGCAGGUGGGAGAGAAGGACGACUGGUACGUGGGCGUGGCCAAGGCGUCUGUGAACAGGAAGGGGCGGAUUGCGGUCAGCACAGCACACGGGUACUGGGCACUGGCUAUGAAGAAGGGGCACUACAAGGUGUCCUCCGGCCCCCCUCUCCUCCUCACCCUCCACCCCCGGCCCAGACAGGUGGGUGUGUACCUGGACUAUGAGGAGGGGCAGGUCUCCUUCUACGACGUGAAGGCCAGGUCUCACAUCCACACCUUCACGGACGCCUUCACCGAGAAACUGCAGCCCUUUUUUUACCUGUACUGCUGCGACAAGGCCUCUGACUCCAUCACCAUCAGCCCCUUUCCAGAGACUCCGCCCACCAAGCAGUGCUGAGCUGGGCCUCAGAGCAGGGCUCUCUGACCCCGCCCACCUGCACUCCCGCCCACACACCCCCUCC